AUUUGGAUAUUAUGUGCUUAAGGUGUCCUGUCUUCCCCCUUCCUACUAUAUAAUAAAAUUAGGCAUUUUACAAUGUGGGAACAAAUGCAACGGUUUUUAUAUCUUUUAAAUAACAUGUGUGACGUUACUAGUGGAACUUCAAAUUACUCAGCAAAGUUUUUUCAGAAAACACUUUCGCGUUUCAUUCUGCAUUUGAAUUCAACAAUACUAGAGGAUAAUCUGGAUAAUAAGUGGUAUUUGUUUUAAUAAUACGCUUAAACACGUUGUUCGGAUCCGAUUGAUUACAUUUACUCCACAGAAGAUUAGUAAUACAAUCCGCCAAAUUAACACACAAGGCAACUUACACCUAGUCAUGCUCGAAAAUUAUUUGACGUAUGUAUAACUUGUUGAUAUGGCUGAAAAAGACGACGACCAAGAAAUAUGCCACGACGAAACGAAAUGUGCUGUAGGAUGGACAAAGCCGUUUGUAAAUAAGGAACCUAAUGUUGCGAAACCCGAUAACGUGUCUGACGAUGAGGAACAAGACAAAUAUAAAACUGGCACCAACAAAGGGAUUAUUAUUCACUACAGCAAGUCAAAAGUAAUAUGGGACUGGGUUAUUCUCAUGCUUACUACAUACACAGCAGUUGUGGUACCAUUAGUGGCAUCAUUUCGAAUCGCUUCAAGAAGCAUGGUAUGGCUAACCGUUGACUCAAUGGUUGAUAUUUUCUUUUUCGCUGAUGUCGUUGUCAAUUUUCGCACAAGUUAUGUUGACGGAAAUGGCGCCAUGGUAACCGACCUAAAGAAAAUCCGGAUCAACUAUGCAAGAACUUGGUUCCCAAUAGAUAUUUUAUCCUGUCUUCCAUACGAUGCUUUAACUAUUGUGAUUGGUGAAAUUAAACAGCAAGAGUUAUCAUAUUUCCUAAGCGUGUUAAAAACUUUUCGUCUUUUGAGAAUGAUUCGAAUUGCUAGAGAUAUGGACAGAUACCUUGAGCAUGCUUACGCAACCUUGGUAGUUUUGGUGUGUUUGAUCUUGCUUAUCUGUCAUUGGAUGGCUUGUGGAUGGUAUAUUGUAACAUUAUACAGUACAGCAGUUUACCUGCAAGCAGAACAAGUUCAUUUAAACAUAACGUCGAACACUGAAUCCACUCGUGGUAUGUCGAUAGCGGAAAAUCAGUUUCCAAAUCUCAUUGGAAAAUAUGGUGGGCUAGACCUAGAGCAUGAGGGACUUGAAGAUGACAUCUUAGUAAAAAACCUAGAAUCUGAAACAUCUCAACCCAAGAACCAUCUUCCCCCAACCACUUGGUUGAUCCGUAUUUCAAAAGAUUUUGUGCCUCCUUUGAUACUAAACCAAACAACAGGCUCUUUACAAGGGGGUCCAGUAAUAAGAAGGCGUUACAUUUUGUGUCUCUACUUCACAAUGACAAGCGUCAUCUCAGCGGGCUUUGGAAAUAUAGCAGGCGAUACUUUUGCUGAGCAGAUUUAUUGCAUUUUCAUUCUUCUAAUUGGAGGCCUACUAUAUGCUGCUAUCCUUGGCAAUGUGACAAACAUACUUCAACAAAUAAGUAACAAACAUCACGAUUUUCUGGAUCAAAUGAAGUCAGUGAGGGACUUUGCAGCGCUUUAUGAACUACCGCCUAAGCUAGCUGAAAGGAUUUGUGAUUAUGUGUCGUAUACUAGGGUUGUUACACAUGGGCUUGACGUGGAAGCUGUACUGGGCCAACUACCUGACCAUAAACGAGCGGAAGUGUGCGUCCACAUGCACAAGAGAUUGUUGCAGAAGCAUCCAAUGAUCACGUCUCUUAAUGAAAACAGUGUUCGCCUCGUGGCAAAGAAGGUUGGAACGCUUCGUGAUUGCUCCGGGUGAGAUUGUAUGCGACAAGGGCGAACUUGUGGAUUGCGUUUUCUUCAUUAUUACUGGGACUGUGGAAGUAACUUGGGAAGGAAUGUUAAUUGGAUUACUAAGUGAGUAAGGAUUGGAGUAAUGUUUUGUUACAUUGUCAAACUGCGCUUGAUUUGAAUUUCCAUAGUUGGUUAGCGCGCUUGCCUGUAACCCAGAGGUAAUGGAUUCAAGGCCUGUCGCUGCUACUAUUGUGGGC